AUGGAGAAUGGUAUCAGGGGAAUCGUUAUGGGGAGAUGGAUAAAGGCUAAUUUACUUAAAGGAAAAAGUUUUUUGCAAGUGAAAGUCAAAACUCAAGCAGGAUCUUGGAUGUGGAGAAAGAUAUUAAAACUGAGAGAGGUGGCAAAGAAUUUCUAUAAGAAGGAAGUUGGGAAUGGUCGGCACAUCUCUUACUGGUACGAUAACUGGUCAGCCAAAGGAGUGUUGAUUGAUCAUUUGGGUGAGAGGGGUAUUACUGAUAUGGGGAUAAGUAGAGAUGCUACUGUAGAGGAAGUUGUGCUUAGUACAAGGCGAAGAAGACGACAUCGCACUCUGGAGCUUAACAACAUAGAAGCUGAGUUAUUGGUAAUAAAGGAGAAAAUGAGAAGUGAUGUUGAGGAUGUAGCUUUGUGGAAGAGAAAGUCUGGUUUUAAAUCAACAUUCUCGACGCAGGAAACGUGGAUGCUUACACGAGAAACUAAGCCUAUUUGUAAUUGGGCAAAGGGUAUUUGGUUCUCCCAAGCUACUCCCAAAUUUGUUUUUGUGACCUGGCUUGCAAUGGUGGACAGACUAUCUAGUAUGGAUAGAGUACUUAGGUGGAAUCAGGGGGUUGAUGAAACAUGUGUGCUUUGUAAGAGUGUUGUCGAAACAAUGAAUCAUCUCUUCUAUGAAUGUUCUUAUGCUAGUCAGGUUUGGGAACAUCUUACAAAAGGGAUUCUACGAAGUUCUUAUACGAAUAUCUGGUCUGAGAUUGUGAUAUUGAAGAAUAAGAACUUUGAAAACCUAAUCAUAAAACUUGUUUGA